AUGAUUGUUUUAUGUAAUGUAGUUGUGCCAACAGAUGGCGUUCGAUUGAUUCAAAAUCAAGUCACAGCAUAUAUUGAAAGCGAAUCCGCUGGUGAAGGUGAAUUAACCAUUUCCGAAAGUUCAGUAACAUGGGUCUCAAGUAUCAGUGGACGAGGUUUUAGUCUGACUUACCCAUCAAUAAUACUCCACGCUAUUUCACGUGAUCCCAGUGUAUUUCCAGACGAAUGUAUUUACGUGUUAGCUGAUGCGAAAGGAUCAGACAUAGGGAUACAAAACAGCGAGAGGUCUGUGAGUAGUGCACAACAUGUUGGAAGUGGUAUUGAAGAACAAGCUGAACUUGAUGAAGAAAGGGUAGAAAAUGGUUUCGGUGAUGACAUUGGUGACGAUAAUGAUGAUGACGAUGCUGAUGAUGAUGAUGACAAAGUACAUUUAGCUAUACGUUUUGCUCCUCAAGACAAAACUAUAUUGCAAAAUAUUUAUCAACAAAUGUGCGAAUGUCAAGGGUUGAAUCCUGAUGAGGGUGACGAUUUUUCAGACGAUUUUACAUUGGGUCCGGAGGGUGACUUCUCAGAUAAUAAAUCAGGUGAGGAGGAUUACGAGGAAAAUGGUGAAGAAGAAGAUCAAAAUACACUAUAUUUUCGGGGCAUGUCAACGAAUAUGUACAGGCAUGAAACUAAUGGUGCUACAAAUAUUUUAUCUCUGCAACAUUUCAACGCAUCAAAUAUUACAUUUACUAAUAACGUGAAAAUACUUGAAAAGCGACAAACUCAUGGACAACUUUCCAAUGUGAAUAAUUUAUUGAAUCAGCGUAUUCGUGGAAACGCUGUCCCUCAGUGUCCAUGCGUAAUUAAACCUGGCACAGAUAAAUGCAUCGCUUAUGAUUCUCGAUAUCAAGCUGCUUCUAUUGAGGAAGCGCUAGUGGCAUUUCGAGAUGUUACGAUGGAUGACGACAGUCUAAAAUAUCCUACCAGUGGUGUCAUCGUUGGUUUCACGUCUUUUAUUAGAUUAACGCAAGGAUAA